AGCGAAUUGAGUGGUACAGCAACUUCCUUGUGUAUUGUAGCUGAACGUGAUGCAUCUUUUAAACUAUUCAGCUGAGGGUUUCGCUUUUGAGUGAAGGAUCUAGAAGAAUUCAAUUGCAAUUGGUAAUCAGACUUGUUUUUAUGUUUUGUGCUGGUAAGCACUGCAUUCUAUUGUAUGUGAAUAUAUGCAACAUAAACAGGUUGGGAGGUUUUCUAAAGAACUAUUGGUCAUCUUGGCAAAUACUGGCAUUAGUGGGUUUACUACACCUGUCUGGAGUGACAAGCUGGGAUGUUGUCAAGCUUUACUUGGGUGGUCCUGGUGCAGAGUCUGACUUUGUUACAGUUGGAUCCAGCACACAGUGCCCCUCCUCUGGGUGCAGUGGUCCAUGUUGUCCCUAUAGAGACCAAUGGAGGGAAAACGGUGAGAGCCCAUUUCAUGGUGGCUGCACCGAACCCGUGUCCAGACCUGACUGGAGUGUGUGCUGAGGGUGAGGAGGACUGCAAAGUACAUCCUACAACUACACCUUUCACUGGCACAAAGCCCGGCCCUGGUUGGUGCAUCCGCAGAUGGCAGAAGACUAUUCCCAGCAACUACAGGGCCACUUUUGAAUUAGGGUCCAAAGUGACUUGGGAUGUGUUCAUUCGGACGGAGGCCACGGUACGAGCUAAUACCACCAAACUCAACAGACCCCCUUAUGUUGCCCUCCCACCACCUCUGAGGGCCAUUGCUGGCUGCCCUCACCGCAUCAAUCUGUCCCUCCUCGACCUGGACAAGGACCCAGUUCGGUGCCGCUUUGCCCGUGCAGACCAGGGGGAGUGCCAUGGGUGCACCCAACACUCUUUUAUAGAGCUCAAUGAGGAAAAAUGUAUGCUGUCAUUUAGCGGAGAAGCAUCUGCCGGCCAGUACUCUGUGAUGUUAAUGGUGGAGGACUUACUUCCCCAAUCCAAACUGAGUUCAAAUGAAGACCCCAAGCCACUCAGCUCUAUCCCUGUGUACCUCUCCCUUACUGUGGAGGAAGCGUCUUCUUCUGGUUGCAGUGCAGAACCAGUUGCUACUGGCCAAAGUCCUCUGAGGGAUACAAGAUUGAUCAUUCUGCCAUAUGAACAAGUCAACCUGACCGCCACCUUCACCUCAGAGCUGGAGAGUGUUGUAGAGAUUGGAGUAGUUGGCCCUCCUGACCUCUUCAUGUCAGGCCUCAUAACAAAUGAGACAAUGAGCACUAAAGAAGUCACAUGGGUCUGUGCGCCAAACACACUGCCUCCUAUCCUACCCAUCUGCUUCUCUGCUAAUACAAUCAGUUCACAAUCAGAACCUCGAUGUCUAUGGAUACAUCAAAGGGAAACGAUGACUUUGCCUCCAGGAACAAAUCUGGAGUGCUCGGACACAGAGAUGACCCUGGUGCUCCCAGUUAUCACACUGAAGAACAUCAACCUGGAAAACAUUAAGCUCAACAGCCCCACCUGCCCCGUCUCCUAUAACAACACACACCUGACUGCUCACAUCCCACUGACCGGCUGUGGCACCAAGAGGGUGCAUGUGGGUUCAGUGCUAAUUUAUACCAACACUCUGCAAAGCGUGCACAGCGACACCAUGAUCCGCCGCCUGCCUUCACUCAUUCUCCCGCUUGCCUGCCAUAUCUCACCAGUCAAGGCCCAAGGUCAAUACAGGAGCAUUAUUGGCGAAGAGGAGCAGAUCUUUGGCAGUGUCUCGUUUUGGCUUGAUUUUUCCUUGCCUGACCACGGGCCAUUUUCAAGUAUCAUGCAAAAUGCCACCUUUCGCCAUUUGAGAAUUCCGACACCAACUAGGUAUGCCUUGCAGGCGGUUGAGCUGCAAAGACCAAAGAGAAGACUUUUUCCUGCUGCCCAGCCACAGGUUGAACAGCUGGACCUGUACGUGAUGUCCAACUGCAGGAAGGGCAGAGUGGAGCUGUUUGUGGAAAAUUGUAUUUGGUCAGUGACAGAGGACCUUUCUGACCCACAAACACUUCUUGAACAGGGGUGUGAGGGUUCCAGCAGCAUCGUUGAACUUCUUACUCCAGACAAAUCUUUCAAGACUUACCGACUUAAUAUAAGCAGCAUUGAAAUACAUGGAUCAAGAAUGUUUACGGAGUGUAAGGUGCAUCUUUGCAUGCCUACCUUGCCUUCUCACAAUUGUCCUGACCCCUGUCGCAACUUCAAAAGUACUUCAAACAUGACAGACUGGUUGUCCACCACCACCUACACCAUCAGGUCGGGAGCUGUGAGCUUAGCACUUGAACGCUUCCCCUCCAGCAAUAUCCUUGCUGGCGCUGGAAACCAACCUGCAGCGACUACUACCCCCCCAAGGGAAGGGAUGGCAACUGCCUCUGCAAAUGCUCCUCCUGAAACCAAAGCCAUGACAGCAGCAUUGAUUAUUCCAACCCUUAAUAUAUUUCUUCAAGUUCUGCUUUGCCACUGGAAUAUCUGAAGCGGUCUGUGUAAUAAGCAUUUAACAAGUGAUAAGUGCGAACCCAACACUGGGAAAAUAAAAUAUGCUUCUCACCAUG